ACUUUAAAGAUUUACAAAAGAAAGAGGAAGAACAAGGAUUUGAUAAUAAUUAUGAAACAAAAAAAAGAUCAAGCAAACAUCGACCAAUGGAAAUUACAUCCAAAAAAGCAGUUGGAAGAUUUCGUCAAGUUGUUGAACUUUCUAAUAAUAUCAAGAAAAAUCGAGAUCCAAGGUUUGACAAUUUAUCAGGAAAAUUUAAUGAAGAAUUAUUUGAAAAAUCUUAUGAAUUUAUAGAAGAAUAUAAAAAAUCAGAGAUUAAUGAAAUUUCUAAAAGAAUUGAAAAAGAAAAGGAUAUUGAAGAAAAACAAAAAUUACAACAAUUGUUAGAUAAAAUGAAGUCAAAAUUAAUUAAAGAACAAGAUCAUAGGUAUAAAAGGCAACUAAAGAAUGAGAGGAAGAAGAAAGAAUUAGAACUUGUUGGUAAAGGAAAGAAUCCUUAUUUCUUAAAAAGAUCCGAAGAAAAUAAAUUGGAAUUAAUUGAUAAAUAUAAAAAAAUUAAUAAUAAUAAAAAGAAAUUAGAUAACAUUAUUGAAAAACGUAGGAAAAAGAAUGCAUCAAAAGAAAUUAAGCAUUUACCUUUUAAGAAAAGACGAAAACUUGACAGAUGA